AUGGAUAGUCAGCAGGGAAGCGGUAUCGCAGUAGAAAAAGUCGGUACAAAUUACUAUGACUUGAAUGAUAUUAUUGCCUGUAAUUCAAGUGUUAGCUGUUCAUUUGGUCGCACUAAUCCUAAAGGUAUUUUGGCUUUAACCGGCCAAUCAGUUACAAACUUGAGCGUUAGUAGAGGGUACAGGGCUGACAUCCCACUCUUUCUGGCACAAACCGUUUAUAGAACAGGUCUUGGAAGGAUCUAUCUAACUUUUCCGUUCAAUAACCGUGCACAAGAUGUGCUUCAAGCAGACCCCGAAAAUAUUAAUUUGGAGGCUCUCCACCAACAUUUCUAUCGGACAGGGCAACGUCUUGCAGUAAUUGCAGGCAUGCUUUCCACUCUCUUUUGUUUAGUUUACAAAGGCGAAGCAGAGCGACUUGCAGAAACACUGCUGAACACGUUUCUGCGUCGCCUACCUAAGAUAAUAACCACGGCGGUGAACAGCUAUGCUAAGCCAAGAAAGUUGGACAGUAUUGAGAAACGGAUACAUGCGAUUGGAAUGUAUACGGAAGCUUUAAUGACUGACUGGUUUGAUUUUAUUGAGGAAGGCUGUAAAAGGAGAGCAACUUCACUGAAACUUUCCUUAUAA